UUCGGAGGACACGGAAACAUCACAUAGGAAAAUCCGUUACCAUAGCAACACCUCUAUGGCUCCCCCUCCUCCUCUUCCUCCUCAUCUCUGCUGCUAUGCUUCGCCUCCCUCCCCCGUCCCGGAGCGCAGCAUCCCUCCCUCAGUUUCCGCGCGUCGCUCUGAGGGAAUAAACGCUCCAGAGCCGAUUUCUCAGCCUGUCUGAGGAUCAGCCCGUCCUCCUGCUGGACGGCGGGAUGGAAGCCGCUCACCUUUGACCCAUCGGGGGUUUUGGAGGAGAAUACCAGAUUUUUCUGUGGAGGAAGCAGAGAAAUGUGAGAGUAAAAGCAGGUGAAACGUCUCCAGAACCCGACUUUACUUCCAUUUCCUGCUCUGGACUCUGAGCUCUUUAUUCAUUUGGACCGGCCGUCCUCCAUCAGGUCCUCCUCCCCCCUCCCUUGGAGGCUCCCCUCUUCAUCAGGAGGAGAGGAAGAGGAGGGCAGACCACACCCAGAGUCCCAGCAGCGCCGUCCUGCUCUUCCUGGCUGCAGAGUCCGGUCGUCUCGGCGCUGCCAGCUGCAGGGCGCAGAGUGUGUGUCGGUGUGUUUGGUGCCUGAACGGAGCCGGGAUGCUGCUGCUGCCUCUGACCCUGCUGGCUCUUCAAGCCUGAGAUUUAAACCAAACACAUUUAAAGGUUUUAUCAGCGUUGAUCUGAUCUGGAGUUUGUUUCCUGUCUCCCCUCCCCCCCCCUCCAUCUCGUUAUUUAAAAUGAAAACCUCCCAUUCCCUGCCCCCCAUGCCCCGCCCCCCAUACCCCUCAUGCCCCGCCCCCCAUGCCCCGCCCCCUGAGGUGAAAGUUCAGGGUAGCACAUCUUUGGUUGAGAGCGCUGCUGAGGCCUCAGUGGAAACUGCGAGAUGCAGUUUGAGACAGAAACGUUUGGAGCUCCAGCCGGCCUGUGCGGCGGCGCCUGCGUGGAGGUGGACUCGGACACGGAGGCCGUGGCCAACGAGGGCUUCAAGCUGGGCUGCAUCUCCUGCAAGAUGAGAGCCGAGGUGCCGGCCAAAGCCGUGGUCACCUGGUUCUUCAGGAGCUCCGACGACCAAGACUUCUCUCCGCUCUAUGAGUACGAAGAGAAAAGAGGCGACAUUCUCGACUCGCGUUUCGAGGAGCGUCUGGACUGGAACGGCAGCAAAAACACGGAGGACCUGCAGGACGGAUCCAUCUACAUCCUGAACGUGACCUUCAACGACACGGGGACCUACACGUGCACCUUCAAGAGAACCCUCAUUUACACCAACUAUAACUUUGAGAACAGCACCACCAAGCUGAUCCACCUCCACGUGGUUCCAAAACUAACCAGAAGCAUGGCGUCCAUCCUGUCUGAGGUCAUGAUGUACGUCUCCAUCAUCGGGCUUCAGUUCUGGCUGGUGGUGGAGAUGAUCUACUGCUACAGGAAGAUCUCAGCGGCCGGAGAGGAGGCGCUGAGGGAGACCGAGGCCGAGUAUUUAGCCGUCGCUUCAGAGAGUAAAGAAAACUGCGGCGCCGUCCAGGAGGCAGAAUGACCCGGUUGAUGGAGAGUCCAAGGCGACGUCCCUGAGGAACUCCGCCUGCCUCUCGUCUCUCCUCGUGAUGAAAACCAUGGAAGCCAUGAGCGCCGGCAGGACUCAGAGAAGACGAGAGCGGAGCCGCUGUAAAUACGCUUCAACUCCAGACCGCCUCCCACUGCAUGCUGACCAACAGCCAGUCCUUCCUCCUCAGGUCUAACUCACCGUUUGCAUUUAAAGAUGACAUUUUAAAAAGAAAAACGGCAACAAAUGAGUCUAAAAAAUUCCUUUAAGAACUGCAGCAGCUCACUGCCAACUGUUAAAGUAGCUGAAGUUUUUCCUCGUUUGGAUUUUUUCUUCCAAAACCUGCAGAAAAAGAGAAAAACAAACAUUAUUCAUCAUCAGUCAUGUAUCAAAACAAAACUGGCGUCAUGUUUCACGCCUCUGCAUGUUGUUUAAUCAGAGACUCAACAGCGCUGCAGCAGCGCCACCCAGUGGACCAAAAGAGAAACGACACGUUUCACCUGGAUGCUCAGAGGUUUACUUAUCAAAUGAAUCAAUAAAUUAAAGUCCAGGGGCCUCAGUCUUCACAUAUCACAGCUGAAUAUUCUGCAGAAUAUCAAACUGUGGACAUUCUGUCAGUAACCUGCAUUAUUACAGCUGAAACAUUUUAAUUGUGAAUGUUUACUAACCUGGACCUGGAGGAAAACGGGCCGAUGUGGGAUCUGCUGCUCUGGCAGCGAGGAGAUGAAGCCAUGAAGAGUUUAACAUCCAGCAGACUCAGGUCUUCCUCCAUGCAACUCUGGGACCAAAUUAGGCUUAAAAUGAUCUAUUAAAAGGUGCUUUGACCAGUAAAAAGUCGGUAAAUAUUCAAAUAUACCUUGCAGUCGGCAUAUUUGGACAGUUUUUAGUCUUUUUUCCACUGCAUGACUCCAGAAGUGCUUUAAGAAGUGAACUCACAGCCGAUUUCUGCCUUCCACCGAUUAUAAUCUGUAAUCAACCGUUAGAGUAAAAUAACUCCAAGCUCCAGCUGAAGCCCCACGCUGCUGCAGCUCCUGAAGUUUAUUUCUAAUAUAUUAAUGAAGUGAACUGAAUGUCCAGCGUCUUUCUGAGCAGAAUCAGAACUAAAACCCUGCAGAACAUUUACAUUCAGUCCAAAAGUUUCAACUUAACGAAGGAAUAACUUACAUUUUAUUUAAUGUUGAUUUGUUUGUAACCGACAGAAAACUGAAGCAGAUCAAACCAAAUCUGUCUGAAAAAAGACAGAAAAUCUGAAUUUUUCACAUUUAAAUCUCAAAUUUCCCUUUUUUUAAACACGUCUGCUAAUCAGUUUUUCUUCCUAUUUCAAUUUGACUGAAUUGAACUGGAAAUCUGCUGGUGGUUCUGUAGACGGAUUCCCAUGAGACCAGAACCGGUCAGGAGUUCUGUGAGCUCACAGAGCGACAAUCAGACCCAGAAACGCAGAAAACAGGAAGUUUAGGCGCAGAGCCGAGAAGGAAGCUGCAGCUCAAAGCGAGACUUCCUGAGUUUCACCUGCAGUCUCACUGCCGUGUGAAGCCUGGUUUUCAGGUUGGAUAAAGUUCUGGCACUUAAAGGCUUCUGUAGAAAUUGACUUGAUCUUCCUGUUAAAACUUUCUCCACCAGCAGCAUUUUAAUCCAGAUUAGGUGAAAUCUGGAAAAGGGGGCGGAGUCUAAUUGGGUUAUUUUAGAAGUAAUCAGUGAUCAUUUGUUGUUAUGCAUGAGAUUGUUACUAUGGUUACACAGCAAUUGGAUAAUCCAGAUUAUUUGCACUUUUACAAAGUAAAACUUUCCAAUUUCAAAUCUGAUAUCUAAAUUAAAAUCUCUUCAUGUACGCGCGCUGAAACAGUUCUAUUUUUAAUACAAAUUUUAAAAUGUAGAGUUUUGUGACGUGGGGCCAGCUUAUGCCUCGGGCCGGCUCUGCUAGCUUUCCAUUUUUGAAACUUGAGCUCCAGCAGCUUCUUCCUGCCUCCAGUGAACACGAGGGGGCAGCAGAGCGCUGCUCCUCUAACAGAACACCAAGCUGGACAGAACCCGGCUAAGCUGCUCCGCUUCCGGUUCUGCUGCAUGGAAACAAGAAAACCGCAGAUUGGCUGCAUGUGUCGCCAUGGAAACGUCAGUCCCAACAAUAAAAACAUAAAUAAAAGUUUCUCAGUCGG